AUGAGGCCAAGGUGGCUAGGAAGUGUUAGAAGCUACGCGAAGAAUCUUCGCAUUGAUGGAGUGAAAGAUACCAUAGCUAUUGCUUCCGGUAAAGGCGGUGUCGGCAAAUCUACAACUGCUGUGAAUUUAGCUGUUGCACUUGCUAGUAAGUUUCAGCUGAAGGUUGGUUUACUUGAUGCUGAUGUAUAUGGACCCAACAUUCCUAUCAUGAUGAACAUCAACACAAAACCUGAAGUCACUCUAGAUAAGAAAAUGAUUCCCAUUGAUAGUUUUGGGAUCAAGUGCAUGUCAAUAGGGUUCCUUGUGGAGAAGAAUGCCCCAAUUGUCUGGAGAGGUCCCAUGGUAUCAAAUGCUCUUGAGAAAAUGACAAGAGGAGUUGACUGGGGUCACCUUGACAUUCUAGUGAUAGAUAUGCCUCCUGGCACCGGUGAUGUUCAGAUAUCUAUGUCUCAGAAUCUGCAAUUAUCAGGUGCACUGAUUGUUUCAACCCCUCAAGAUGUUGCAUUAAUGGAUGCGAGGAGGGGAGUACAAAUGUUUAAUAAAGUCGAUAUUCCGAUUUUGGGAGUUAUAGAGAAUAUGAGCUGCUUCAAGUGUCCACAUUGUGGCGAACCUUCAUAUAUAUUUGGAAAAGGAGGGGCUCAUAGCACAGCCUCUGAAAUGGGAUUAGAAUUUCUUGGCGAGAUACCGCUGGAAGUAGGGAUCAGGGAAGCUUGUGAUCAAGGGCACCCAAUAGUGCUGGCCGCACCUGAUUCGGUAGUUUCCAGAGCAUAUGGCAAUAUUGCUGAAAAAGUUGUUCAGAAGCUCAACGAGCGACAAUUUCAACCAGAAAUUAUACUAUGA